AUGGCCCAAGCUGUCUUGACCAACGGCCUCCAGCCAUGGUCCAAGAUCAUGUUUGACAGUAUCUCAAGCUUCUUCGAAAAUCCGGCCUUCAGCGACUGUACCGUCAAGUGUUCAGACAAGACGUGGGAUGCCCACAAAGUUGUCCUUGGUGGCCAGUCCGAGAUCUUCGCGACAAGACUUAGUGACCCAUCUGGGGAGCCAUCGCUCAAUCUAUCGGAGGACCAUCAGUGUAUCGUGCACGAGAUGAUGCGCUACCUCUACACUGGCGACUAUGAAGCAGGCCACUCCUCCACGCACACCUCCCUCGACGACGGGCACACCGAGCCCAGCUGCUGUUUCACACCCAUACUGUUCAGCGUCCACAUGCGCACCAUCGCAGAUAAGUGGGAGAUUCCAGCCCUGGCGCAGCUCACGGAGGCCAAGAUCGCCGAUCAAGUUCUCGAAGUCUCGGACUGGGACAUAGACGACUUUGCCAAUGCCAUCGAAGAGAUGUACACCACAGACUCGGAGAACAAGAAGAACAUGCAAGCUCUCGCCGUGAGGGCUGCGGUACCACGUGCCUAUGAGCUCUACAAUAAAACUCUUGGAGGCAAGAGAUUUCGAGAAGUAGCAGAAAAGAUCCCGGUGUUUGCCUCUGAGCUUGCUAGAGUGCUUGCCAGGAAGAAACGUACGCCGAAAAAGCUCGUAAAAAGACGCCGUGGCGUCUUUCAGAUCACAGUAGAGACUGUAACGCUCAAGCGCGUGAGUAUCGACCUCGAAAUGGGCGACAUAGUGCUCACCAUCAAGGAGCUCCUCCAAGAAAUUCAAGGCAUUCCGCCUGAAGAUCAAGUUCUCAGUUGGGCCAACAAGAAUCUAGACGACGGUAGAACGGUAGGAGAAUAUGGGAUCGGGGAGGGCGCGGUGAUUCGCCAAAAUCUGAAGCUGCGUGGGUCGUGA